UAGUGUGAUGACGUGCAGUAAUAAUAAUAAUAUUAGUCGCGCCAUUUUUAUCAACGAAGUUACAUUUCACUAAUCUGUGAUUUCACCUCAUUUCACGUAAAGUUGUGGACGACAGAAGUUCAAAAUGUCCAACAUUCACAAUUUUGGUGCCGGACCAGCGAAAUUACCAUCCGAGGUGUUCGACGAACUGGAGGAGGAACUGGUCAACUUUAAUGGCACGGGCAUAAGUUUAAUGGAAACUAGCCACAGAUCGGCCACUUACAUAAAGCUGAAUGCGGAAAUACAAGAUGUUGUUCGAAGACUGUUGAAUGUUCCUCAAAACUACAAAAUUCUCUUUUUGCAAGGCGGUGGACAGGGCCAAUUCGCUGGAGUACCACUUAACCUAAUGUCCAGGACUGGCACAGCAGAUUAUGUUAUUACAGGUAUUUGGUCAGUAAUAGCAGCACGGGAAGCACGGAAAUACGGCAACGUUCGUUUCGCCACCCCUCAACAAGAUAGUUACGUGAACAUACCCGACCUGUCAACGUGGGACUUGGACCCCAAUGCCUCUUACGUUCAUAUCUGUGACAAUGAGACUAUUGACGGCGUGGAGUAUGACUUUAUACCGAAUACAAAUGGAGUGCCUCUAGUUGCUGACAUGUGUUCGAAUAUUAUGUCGAAAAAGUUCGAUAUAACAAAGUUCGGAGCCGUUUAUGGGUGUGCUCAGAAAAAUAUUGGAACUGCGGGAGUCACAAUGGUCAUCGUCAGGGAGGAUCUUUUGAAUCAAGCUAUGCCGGCGUGUCCAUCAGUAUUUGAUUGGACGCUUACUGCGAAGAACAAUUCAAUAUUGAACACACCGCCUAUGCAAGCGAUCGAGGUUAUGGGGAGAGUACUUAAAUGGAUUGAGCGAAACGGGAAGUUAGAGAAGAUGGAAGAGUUGGCCGUGAAAAAGUCCUCUAUGAUUUACGACUACAUUGAUCAAUCUAAUGGAUUCUAUUACGCUCCAGUCGAGAAGAGAUUCAGGAGUAAAAUGAACAUCCCAUUCAGAGUUGGUCCACCGAAAGGUGACGUGGACUUAGAGAAUCAAUUUAUAGAAGACGCCGAAAAACAAGGACUAAUACAAUUGAGAGGGCACAGCCUUGUAGGUGGAAUACGAGUCUCCGUUUACAAUUCGGUCACUGUUGAAGAUGUCGAAGUUCUUCUCCGGUUCAUGAAAGAGUUCUUUAAGCAACAUGCAAAAUAAAACAUUUCCAAAAUGAAAUAUUCAUUAUUACAUUAUCUUAACGUAAUAAAAACUUUUUAACA